AGGGCGUAAAAAAGCCGAAGUUCUUCUGAGAAAAUUCAAAAAACUUAACUUCUAAGUUUCAACUUGGCGUGUCCCACAUUGUUCUUCUGAUUCUGAAUGCAACGAGAAAAAGAGAAUCGUCAGCAAUUAGUUCGCAAGGCAUAUGGUACUUUGAGGUACUUAGGAUAAGAAUUUAAUUGGUGAGGAUGGCUAACUCGGAUCCUACAAGUUCAAUUGAAAACUCUGUUACAGAAAUUGAUGGUCAAAGGAAACCUCGGAUUCUACUUGGUGCUUGUGGAAGUGUAGCUGCUACGAAAUUUGGACUGGUAAUGGAAGCUUUUUCAGAAUGGGCAGAAAUAAAGGCAGUUGUGACAGAAACAGGUUUUCAAUUUGUUGGUAGUAGUGAAGCAGCACCAUUAAUGUUUGAGGGUGUAGAAAUAUUUUGUGACUAUCAUGACUGGAAUAGUUGGAAAAUGAUAGGUGAUACUGUACUUCACAUUGCCCUUCGUGAUUGGGCUGAUAUCAUGGUCAUUGCUCCUUUGUCAGCACAUACUCUUGCCAAGAUAGCUGGAGGAUUAUGUGACAAUCUGUUGACAAGUAUUGUGCGAGCAUGGGACUACAAGAAACCAAUGUUUAUUGCACCAUCAAUGAAUACUUGUGUAUGGAAAAAUCGUUUAACAGAACAACAUUUCAUGACCAUUGAUGAGUUAGGCAUUUCUCUUAUCCCACCUGUUCGAAACUUGCCAACUCAUAUGAGUGAAAUGCCUGAUCCUUCUAUCAUUUCAUCACAUGUUAAACGCUUUUGCAACUCAAAUAUUCCGAAAGAUGAGGUUUAGGGAUGUUUUAAUCAUUUUGAAAGAAAAAAUAAUAUUCUUUUCUUUUUCUCCUAGAGUGUUGCUUUGUAUAGUAGUAGCAUGCUCUUGACCUCUUGUAUAGAUUGGAAUAUAUUCUUGUUGACUCAUUACAAAUGAAAUUGUAAAUGUUGCGUUGUAGGAUAUUAUUGAUCUCUUUUGCAGGUUUUCUUUCUUUCUUUCUUUUUUUUUUUUUGUAUUGUCUAAUUUGGACGUAUAUUUUGUA